UUACAUAUUUUUGCAGAUGUGAAACAAAAAUGGAAAAAUGACGUCAUGGAAUAUCGAUUUGUCUCUGCCUGCCUGCUUUAGUGACUCACAAUAUAUAGAGCUAUGUGGAACUUUAUUACUUUCUGUCAUCAAAAUAGCCGCUUUAAGAAUGAAGGAAGUUAAUGACGGUGCGAAAAAAGAAUUUGGCAAUGAGUGAUGAUCGAUAUGAUGACUGAAAAUCCAAGAUGGAUACAU